CUUGUCAACGUGGCGUCAGUUUGUCAUAUGACAUCACAAUUUUAACUUUAAUAAAAAGUGACGAAUUUCAAAGAGAAAAUACCAUAAUUAAUACUUCUAUUGAAAUUCCACGAAAAGUUUAAUAUAAAUUAAUUAUUAGACAUGGCAGAUGGGCCUAGUAAAAAAGAUAUUGAAGCAUUGUUUACAAGAUUACGAUCGAUCGCUGCAAACAAGGUAUGCUUCGAUUGCAGUGCAAAGAAUCCAACAUGGUCAAGUGUAACGUAUGGUGUUUUUAUAUGUAUCGAUUGUUCGGCUGUGCAUCGAGGUCUUGGUGUGCAUUUGACCUUUGUGCGUUCAACUCAACUUGACACCAAUUGGACAUGGCAGCAAUUAAGACAAAUGCAACUUGGGGGUAAUGCCAAUGCGACUCAAUUUUUUAGUCAACAUAAUUGUGUAACCACUGAUGCCCAACAAAAAUACAACUCACGUGCAGCUCAGCUAUACAGAGAAAAGCUAAGUAAUUUAGCUCAACAGGCAAUGUUAAAACAUGGAAAAGAGCUAUUCUUACAUACAUCGACUGAAGUUGCUGCCGAGGAAGACAAAGAAAUUGACUUUUUUAGUGAACAACAUAGUUCAUCAUUUCCAGAAGCAAAAAUUCAAUCUAAUACUCCAUCUGAAGAAUCUGAGAAUAUUCGAGAAACAAUUAAAUUAGAAUUUACUGGUGAACCUUCAGUAAAUUUGUCUGAUGUGAAAAGUCCUACUGAAAGAAAGUCUACAAUUGGUGUUCGUAAAGUUCAAAAUCGGAAACCUGGGAUGGGUGCUAAAAAAGGCUUUGGUGCAACAAAAGUGAAAACUAAUUUUGAUGAAAUUGAACGCGAAGCAGAAUUAGCUGACGUAAAUAGAAGAAAAGCUGCUGCCGAUGCUGAACAAGCUACAAUUCAAUUAGCUGAACAAAAAGAAAAACAGUUGGCGUCCAUGCGACUUGCAUAUCAAGAUCUUAGUUUACAACAAAAGAAACAACAAGAUAAAUUAAAACAGGUUGAUCCAAAGAAAGCCGAACAAAUUGAAAGAUUGGGUAUGGGAUUUGGUUCUCGAAGUGGCAUAAGUCAUUCUGCCUUAACCGAUAUGCAGACUAUUGAACAAGAAAAUCUGGAAAAGGGGCCAAGUGCAUUAUCAAAAUUAAUGAAUAGGGAUACUGAAGGAUUUUUUGAUGACUAUAAUUGUUCUUCAAGUUUUAGUAUGAAUCGAAAUAGUUUUACUUCAAAUGGCAAUAAAUAUGGUGGAAAUACAACAAACACAAUUGAAAUAGAGAAUCUACUUCAAUCAUCGAAAGAAAUAGAUUCUCUUUUUGAAAAUUGUAGUAUAAUUGACUGGCCAGAAUCAUCAUCACCGCCAAAAGAAAAACCUCGUGUUGUUGAACGAACAGCUCCAAAAUUAUCUUCUCAUAGUAGUGAUAAAACGUCACCAUCAGAUGAUGCUGCACAGAAAAAAUUCGGUAGUGCAAAAGCCAUAUCAUCCGAUCAAUUCUUUAAUAGUGGAUCUGAUGACUAUGAACGUAAAGCAAACUUAAAUAGAUUCCAAGGAUCAAGUAGCAUAUCGUCCGCUGAUUAUUUUGGUGAUUCAAAAGGAACUGCAUCUAAUAAUUCAAUGGCUAAUAAUUUCCAAGCACCUGAUUUAGAUGAUGUUAAAGAAAGUGUAAGGCAAGGAGUUACAAAAGUUGCUGGAAAAUUAAGUUCGUUAGCAAAUGGUGUUAUGUCUUCUAUUCAGGACCGAUAUGGAUAUUGAAAAAUAAUAAAAAUGUGAGAGUUCAAUUUAGAAAUUGUUGAAGUGACGUUAGUUAUUUAUUUUAACAAUCUUUUAUUUCCAAAUGUAAUAAUUAAUGAUUUCCAUUGAUUGUGUUAUAAUAUUGUACAAAUAUGAUUAUGACUUUUAUUCUUGUUAGCAGUGAUUACAAAUAUAAAAAAGAUACGCAUUCACU